GGCCUCACCUACCUCUCCACCCUGGCCAGGCCUUUCCCACCAUUUCAAACAACUCUUCACCCUGAUUCAUCCUGCUGCCGGAAUGUCCCUGCGUAUCCUCAGGGCCGGCUGCGAUGUUACCUCCCCUGGGACUCCUUUCCUGGCCAUGCUGCUCCCAGCCGGGGCAGCCCGCUGAACUCAGGAACCCACAGCCCUCUGGGCAGCAUCUUGGGGGUUUGUCUUGGGUGUGUCUCUCCCAUGGUCUGGACACAGGAGAGGUGACCCACCCUGGCACCUGGCUCCACUCACAGCUCCCUUCCCUACAUGGGAUUCUAUGGUUUGUGGGAAUCCUAGUCCAGGCUCCCCUCCCCCGCCCCCUUCCGGGCAUGCUCCGUGGCAGCCAGAUUUACUGGGUCUCCAGUGUUCAGCAGUGUGGGACCCAGGAGGGCAGGGCACAAAGGGUUUUCAGGAAGGACUUGGAAUGGAGACAACAGCAUCAUCUGUCCAGGGCGCUCUGUGCAUCCUCAACUCCUUAAUACACCCAUCUCCACCAGACCCAUCCCAAAUCCCACAUUCCUCUCCCACUGUGCCUUCCAUCCAGGAUGCCUACAGUAACCCUCUGAUCCCCCGCCAUAGGUCCUCUGGGGCACACAUGUCCUCAAGGUCCUGCAUCCUUAACCCCUUGCUCUCCCCCCACAGCCAGUCCCCUGUUCCUUUCACACCCAAGCUCUUUCUCACCCUGACGCCUCUUCUAUCCCCCAGCUGAAAUGUCACUCCUAUAGAAGCCUUCCCAGUGAGAGUCCCCUUUCCCAGAACUCUCCCGUUAGCCAAAGGUUUCCUUCAGGGAGCAAAUGACAAGGUGAACAUGUCGUUUCCUUGCUAACAAGUUUCUUGCGUGAAUGCCAGGAGGGAAGGGACCUGUGUCUGUCCUCAAGCCCCUGCUGAAUGAAUUAUUGGCGUAUGUGGCUGAGUGAGGGUGUCCUUGAAAAAACCACCAGUGUGAUUUUGAGCCAGUCACUUACCUCUCUGAGCCUCACCUUCCUCCACCCAGCCCUCACCACCCCAGCUUCAGAAAACUGGGCAAAUAAUGGCCCCAGAAACUGGGAGGAGUGAUCCAGCUCACCUUCAAGCCUAAACGGCCUCCUGUCCUCAAGUCCACACUCACCCUAGCUGUAUCCCAGGCUUCCCUCGCUCGCUCUCAGCCACCUACACAGACAGCACCUCCUCCCAGCCCCACCCAUUAGCCCCUCCCAGGUGCCUGCGGUGGAGCAGCCAGCUUCCAGAGCACCUCAGACUCCCUGGCGGCACACAAUGGGCGGUCUAAGGCCCUGGGUGCGAUAUGGGUUACUGGUCUUGGCCCACCUGCUGGCCCUGGGGCUUGGGGCUGUGGUGUUCCAGGCCCUGGAGGGGCCUCCGGCACUCCAGCUCCAGGCCAAACUCAGGGCCCAGUUGGUCACUUUCCAGGCGGAGUACAGAGUCUGCCUGCCACCCGGGGCACUAGAGGAGCUGCUGAGCACCGCUCUGGUAGCGCAGGCCCAUGGGAUUUCCAGCCUGGGCAAUGGUUCAGAGGCCAGGAACUGGGAUCUGCCCUCGGCUCUGCUCUUCACUGCCAGCAUCCUCACCACCACGGGUUAUGGCCACAUGGCCCCAUUAUCCGCAGGUGGGAAGGCCUUCUGCGUGGUCUAUGCAGCGUUGGGGCUGCCAGCCUCCUUAGCACUUGUGGCCACACUGCGUCACUGCCUACUGCCUCUGCUCAGCUGUCCAGUUGCCUGGGUAGCUGUCCGCUGGCAGUUGGCACCAUCCAGGGCUGCGCUGCUGCAGACAGCUGGACUGAGCCUACUAGUGGCUGGUACCUUCGUGCUGCUACCAGCAGUGGUUCUGUGGGGUCUGCAGGGCAACUGCAGCCUGCUGGAGGCCAUCUACUUCUGCUUCGGCUCACUCAGCACCAUCGGCCUGGGGGACUUGCUGCGCAGCCGUGACCUGCAUCCAGCACUUUACCAUCUUGGCCAGAUCGCACUUCUCAGUUACUUGCUUCUGGGGCUCCUGGCCAUGCUGCUGACUGUGGAGACAUUCUCAGAGCUGCCACAGGUCCGUGCCAUGGUGAAGUUCUUUGGGUCCAGUGGCCCUUUGACCACCGAGGACCAAGGUGGCAUCCUAGGCCAGGACGAACUGGCUUUGAGCACCCUGCCCACCUCAACUGCAGCCCCAGAACAAGCCCCAGCUUGCUGACAGGUGAUGGAGCUGAACUCCUUUCAGGUGGAGAAGCCUGAAGAGGAAGUCUCUAGAGAUGGGAGGGGAGGGAUGGAAGUGAGGACUUCAGGGAAUAAUGUGUUAAUAAAAAAUAAAACGGACAACAACCUCGACUGUGCUUUUGUCUCUUCUUUUGAAAUUGUUCUUCCCUAUAGUGGUCAACAACCCAAACCACCAU